AAGCGGGAGCGAGGCCGGCCGGAAGGAAGGAGGAGGCUGGAGGGAAGCUGUAGCCAUGGCUGUGGCCGUGGCCACGGCCGGGGUCCUGACCGGGCCGGAGCCAGGCCCCGCGGAAGAGCUCGCCAAACUCGAAUAUCUGUCUUUAGUGUCGAAGGUGUGCACCGAGUUGGACAACCACUUAGGGAUCAACGACAAGGAUCUCGCUGAAUUUGUCAUCAGUCUUGCUGAGAAAAAUACCACCUUUGACACUUUUAAGGCAUCUUUGGUCAAAAAUGGUGCAGAAUUCACAGAUUCUCUUAUUAGUAAUUUGCUGCGUCUCAUACAAACCAUGCGGCCUCCAGCAAAGCCGUCCACUAGCAAAGAUCCAGUUGUUAAACCCAAAACUGAAAAAGAAAAGCUGAAGGAACUCUUCCCAGUCCUUUGUCAGCCAGACAACCCUUCCGUUCGGACCAUGCUGGAUGAAGACGAUGUGAAAGUUGCUGUGGAUGUCCUGAAAGAACUAGAAGCAUUAAUGCCCAGUGCAGCGGGUCAGGAGAAACAGAGAGACACCGAGCACCGGGACAGGACAAAAAAGAAGAAGCGGAGUCGGAGCCGGGAUCGUGACCGUGACCGUGACCGUGACCGUGACCGAGAGCGAGAGCGAGACCACAAGCGGAGACACCGAUCCCGCUCUCGAUCACGUUCCAGGACUCGGGAGAGGAAUAAAGGGAAGUCUAGAUACCGAUCGAGGAGCAGAAGCCCAAGUCCUCUGAAAGACCGGAAGGAUCGAGACAAAUAUGGGGAGAGGAAUCUGGACAGGUGGCGGGAUAAGCAUGUGGACCGCCCUCCCCCUGAAGAGCCCGCCAUCGGGGACAUUUACAAUGGCAAAGUGACCAGCAUCAUGCAGUUCGGCUGCUUUGUGCAGCUGGAGGGACUAAGGAAGCGGUGGGAAGGCCUGGUGCACAUCUCUGAGCUCCGACGUGAAGGCCGCGUGGCCAACGUAGCUGAUGUGGUGAGCAAAGGCCAGAGGGUCAAGGUCAAAGUGCUGUCCUUCACUGGGACCAAGACCAGCCUGAGCAUGAAGGAUGUGGAUCAAGAAACUGGAGAAGACCUAAACCCAAAUCGACGGCGAAAUCUAGUUGGGGAAACCAACGAGGAGACUUCGAUGCGGAAUCCAGACAGACCCACCCACCUUUCCCUUGUCAGUGCCCCCGAAGUGGAGGACGACUCACUGGAGCGCAAGCGCCUCACCCGCAUCUCUGACCCAGAGAAGUGGGAGAUCAAGCAGAUGAUUGCUGCCAAUGUACUUUCCAAAGAAGAGUUCCCCGACUUCGAUGAAGAGACUGGCAUUCUCCCUAAGGUGGAUGACGAAGAAGAUGAGGAUCUUGAGAUUGAACUUGUUGAGGAAGAACCUCCAUUCCUGAGAGGGCACACCAAGCAAAGUAUGGACAUGAGCCCCAUUAAAAUCGUUAAGAACCCAGAUGGCUCCCUCUCCCAAGCAGCCAUGAUGCAGAGUGCCUUGGCCAAAGAAAGGCGGGAACUCAAGCAGGCCCAGCGGGAAGCUGAGAUGGAUUCUAUCCCGAUGGGACUCAACAAACACUGGGUUGAUCCUCUGCCUGAUGCGGAAGGCAGGCAGAUUGCUGCCAACAUGAGGGGCAUUGGGAUGAUGCCCAACGACAUCCCCGAGUGGAAGAAGCACGCCUUUGGGGGCAACAAAGCUUCUUACGGGAAAAAGACCCAGAUGUCAAUCCUCGAGCAGAGGGAAAGCCUGCCCAUCUACAAGCUGAAGGAGCAGCUGGUCCAGGCUGUCCAUGACAAUCAGAUCCUGAUUGUUAUUGGAGAGACAGGAUCUGGGAAGACAACGCAGAUCACCCAGUACCUGGCGGAGGCAGGCUACACGUCCAGGGGCAAGAUUGGGUGUACCCAACCCCGAAGGGUGGCAGCCAUGUCCGUGGCCAAAAGGGUGUCAGAGGAGUUUGGUUGUUGCUUAGGCCAAGAGGUGGGCUACACCAUUCGAUUUGAGGACUGCACCAGCCCCGAAACAGUCAUCAAGUACAUGACGGACGGGAUGUUGCUCAGGGAGUGCCUGAUCGACCCCGACCUCACCCAGUAUGCAAUCAUCAUGUUGGACGAGGCGCACGAGAGGACGAUUCACACUGACGUGCUCUUCGGAUUGUUGAAAAAGACCGUUCAGAAACGGCAAGACAUGAAACUCAUUGUCACCUCAGCCACCUUGGAUGCAGUGAAGUUCUCGCAGUACUUCUAUGAAGCACCCAUCUUCACCAUCCCAGGGCGGACCUACCCAGUGGAGAUACUGUACACGAAGGAGCCCGAGACAGAUUACCUGGAUGCCAGCCUGAUCACCGUCAUGCAGAUCCACCUGACAGAGCCGCCAGGUGACAUCCUGGUCUUCCUGACUGGUCAGGAAGAGAUCGAUACUGCUUGUGAGAUCCUGUAUGAAAGGAUGAAGUCGCUGGGACCUGAUGUUCCAGAGUUAAUCAUCCUCCCGGUGUACUCUGCUCUUCCCAGUGAGAUGCAGACCCGAAUCUUCGACCCAGCUCCACCUGGCAGCAGAAAGGUUGUGAUUGCCACCAACAUUGCGGAGACGUCACUGACCAUCGAUGGCAUCUACUACGUGGUGGACCCCGGAUUCGUGAAGCAGAAAGUUUACAAUUCCAAGACAGGGAUCGACCAGCUCGUGGUAACACCUAUUUCCCAGGCUCAGGCAAAGCAGCGAGCUGGCAGAGCUGGGAGAACAGGUCCAGGGAAGUGCUACAGGCUGUACACAGAACGUGCCUACCGAGAUGAAAUGCUGACCACCAACGUGCCGGAAAUCCAGAGAACCAACUUAGCGAGCACAGUGCUCUCGCUCAAGGCCAUGGGCAUCAAUGACCUGCUCUCCUUUGACUUCAUGGAUGCCCCACCCAUGGAGACCUUGAUCACAGCCAUGGAGCAGCUGUACACACUGGGGGCCCUGGACGACGAGGGCCUGCUCACCCGCCUGGGCCGCAGGAUGGCAGAGUUCCCUCUGGAGCCCAUGCUGUGCAAAAUGCUCAUCAUGUCUGUGCAUCUGGGUUGCAGUGAGGAAAUGCUGACCAUCGUGUCCAUGCUGUCUGUGCAGAACGUCUUCUACCGGCCCAAGGAUAAACAAGCCCUCGCGGAUCAGAAGAAGGCCAAAUUCCACCAGACCGAAGGGGACCACCUCACCCUGCUGGCCGUGUACAACUCCUGGAAGAACAACAAAUUCUCUAACCCCUGGUGCUAUGAGAACUUUAUCCAGGCUCGUUCCCUGCGCCGAGCUCAAGACAUUCGCAAACAGAUGUUAGGCAUAAUGGACAGACACAAGUUGGAUGUGGUCUCCUGCGGCAAGUCCACGGUCCGAGUGCAGAAAGCCAUCUGCAGCGGCUUCUUCCGUAAUGCUGCCAAGAAAGACCCCCAAGAGGGCUACCGGACGCUGAUUGACCAGCAGGUGGUCUACAUCCAUCCUUCCAGCGCUCUCUUCAACAGGCAGCCAGAGUGGGUGGUGUACCACGAACUGGUGCUGACCACAAAGGAGUACAUGCGUGAGGUCACCACCAUCGACCCUCGGUGGCUCGUGGAGUUCGCCCCCGCCUUCUUCAAGGUCUCUGACCCAACCAAGCUGAGCAAGCAGAAGAAGCAGCAGCGUCUUGAACCCUUGUACAACCGGUAUGAGGAGCCCAAUGCCUGGAGAAUAUCCCGGGCCUUCCGGCGGCGCUGAAGGGCCGGCUUGGCCGGCUGCCUCCCCGCAGCGGUGCCCAAGGCUUGGACUGCAGCUGAUGAAAAGCUGGUCCUAAGGCCAGGGCUGUCCUGAGAUGACUAUUUUACCUGGUGUUUUCUCAACUCGACUCUUAACUUCUCCCCUUAUUGUAAACUAAAACGGGGAUCUAAGCUUGGCUUUGGCCAAAGCCUCCAGCCACCAUCACCUCAAGCCUUGGGGCCAACUCGGGGCUCGUAGGCAAUGUGGGGAUGGAUUGCAUCUUCAAGAAAGGCGACUUGUGCAGCCUUGCGUGGGAAAGGGGAGAGGGCAUCGGAUGCAGACACGGUGAGGGCGCAUGCUCUGUCUGCCGCAGGGAGCCGUGGCUCAGCUACGGUGUUGGCCCCACCUCCCGCCCCUUCCCCAGCCCCUGUACUUCUGUGUAACCUCCUGGAAAUAUUUAUUUUCAUAAGGAAACAAAAAUGGUUUUCUGCGAGUGUUUCUUUUAGCUGACAGAUUAGGAUAUUGGCCUGGGCUCAGGUGAGGGAGAUUUAGUAUCUGCGGCUCUGGGGCACCUGGCUGAGAAUCCCCUGAAACCAGAGCCCGGGCCUCCUGGGCUCGGACAUGACGCAUAGCCCAGACCCGCAGUCUUAUCUUUCAGCACCAGCACGAGCCCCGCUCAGCCAGCGGCCGGCUGUGAUUAACCACAUCCAGGCAGCAGAACGUUUCAGUCUGGGUGCCUGAGUGGUUACAGAUGCUGCAUAUGGAGUGCACAAGGCUCCCCCCACCCCGUCACACUCCCAGCAUGCAGUGUGUCCCGUUUCCUUUACAAACAUGCUAAGUAACGACA